CGGAAGUCGGAGGCAAUUCUGCGAUGGCUCACCUCUUGCAGUCAAGUAUAAAUGAGGGUAAGACCGCGACUGGAAGAACAGCAUCAGCACACAGGUUCCCAACCCAGCUUUACAGUAAUCACUACUUCUCUUCCAUUCAUUAAUAACUCUUCUACUUUAUUCACUUAAUCAUCUGACCGGUUCAGACUAUUUUCAUUCAAAAUGUACUUCACCAAGUCCUCCGUUAUUGCCUUCAGCCUUUUGGCUUCUUCUACCCUCGUGGCUGGCCACGGUGCCAUCAUCAAGGCCACUGGUGACGCCGGCGGUGCCGGCUCUGCCAUCGGUGUUGACCCCAGCACUCCUCGUGAUGGCACAAACCGCAACCCCUUCCAGCAGGACUCCACCCGCUUCCGUGGUGAUGCCGCAGCCACCUGCGGUGAGACCCUCGGAGGAGGUGACAACGACAUCCAGGCCGGAACCGCUCAGGUCAUGCAGCUCAACGGCGCCACACUUCCCCAGGUCACCGCUGGCGGUGCUCUCAUGAUGACUGUCCACCAGGUCAACUCUGACGGUGCUGGUCCUUACAAGUGCAUGAUCGAUGCCACCGGCACUGGUACAAACUGGGUCCCCAUGACCGUCACCCAGAACCUUCAGGGUAAUGACCGUGGCCGCAAUCGAGACACUCAGAUGCAGGACCUUCCCCUCAACGUCCAGAUUGACGCUGCCCAGACCUGCACUGGUACCGUCGCUGGACAGAGCAACGUCUGCAUGGUCCGCUGCGAGAACCCCGCUCGUGCUGGACCUUUCGGUGGCUGUGUCCCCGUCCAGAUGGCUGGCGCCGCUGCUGCUGCCGCACCCGCUGCAGGUGCUGCCCCCGCGACCGCCGCCAACACUGGCGCUGCUCCCGCUGCUGGUGCUGCUGCCCCCGUCGCUAACGGCCAGACCGCAGGCGCUGCUACAAGUGCUGCCACCGGCGCUGCCACCGGAGCCAACACCGUCUCUUCCCCCGCUCAGCGCCGCAAGAACGCCCCCGCUCUUACCGACGACGACCAGGAGGAGGAGAUCGACCUCAUCGAGGGCGAGUUCUAAACUUCUCGGCUAUCUCGAGCUUGAACAACGAUAACGAUACGGUGGACGCAAGGCAACAAUCGAACGGUGGAUCUUAUGACUAGUGUAUAUACCAAGCAAUGUUUUCCCCUAGUACGAGAAGAUGAGUGGUGGAGUGCGAUGUAGUCCUGCUGGUCUGCGACCAGGGGAUGGGACCAUGUAUGAGUUAGUGGUAGAUGGUGGUGGAGGAGUGGUUGCGUAGAGCCUGGAUUGGGAACCCUGGUCUGUUACGC